GCUGCUAGACCUAUUGCAGUGGCUGACCUACUUGAGGUAGCAGGGGUUAAAUCACAUUGCAAUCGCAUUAUUGUCGAUUAUAAUCAGCCACAAACACCUUCCACGUCAGUGCAGCUGAGACCUGCAAUCCUUGCGGCACUGCCGAUACCUCGACGAAGCGGAGUUGCACUGAAGGCUCUUGUUAUUUUGCAGUGACUCAACCAUUUUAAUUUUGAGUUGCUUUGCUGUGGUUGGCUGCUUGUGUUGCCUCUUCCGAAUUUGGCGUCAUUAUUUUAUUUUUCAUUUACUCUUAAAAAAAAAAAAAAUGUUAUUUAAGGUAUAGGAUAUUUUAUUUUCACAAACACAUUUGUUAUCCAAACGUAUGCAUUUUUAUUAUUAUUAUUAUUAUUUUUUUUUAUGGUUGACGCUUUUUCAUAAGGUGGGUUGUCAGGCUUCGGCCUAAGUUUUGUCAACAACAACAUAGAUAGCAACUGUGCGAUAGUACAAAAAAGUAAUAAUUAUAAUAAUAAUUUCACCUGACAUUUAAAAGGAAAAUAGAAAGAAAACAUGUCCUGCGCUUGUUCGUCGGCGGCGAGGCUGAUCAUAAAUUCAGCCCAUAAAGGCAUUGCUUGCUCACGCUUUCACCUGUAUACCCUGGGAAGACCGGGGAUUUCUGAGGUUCAUUUGAGAAGGAGAGUUCCCGUUAGGUCAUUUUCAGAGACUGCAGUGUAUUUUGCUUCAAAAGAUGGAACAACCAAAGAUGGAUCUGGGGAUGGUAGCAAGAAAUCUAUUGAAGGGGGCAGUGGCAAAAAAUCCACAGGCUCUGGAGGAAAAGGCGGAAACCAGCUGCGUUGCCCAAAGUGUGGGGACCCGUGCACUCAUGUCGAGACAUUUGUUUCUUCAACCCGCUUUGUAAAGUGUGAAAAAUGUCAUCACUUUUUUGUCGUGCUGUCGGAAACAGACUCGAAGAAGAGUCUUAAUAAAGAGCCAGAAUCAGCAGCUGAAGCUGUUAAAAUGGCAUUCCAGCAGAAACCACCACCUCCACCCAAAAAGAUCUAUGCCUACCUGGAUAAGUACGUGAUUGGGCAAUCCUAUGCCAAGAAAGUGCUUUCAGUGGCUGUGUACAAUCACUACAAGCGUAUUUAUAACAAUAUCCCAGCAAGUAUGAGACAGCAGGCAGAAGUGGAGAAACCAGCUGCUCUGACACCUAGAGAAUUAGAAAUGAGAAGACGGGAGGAUGAAUACAGAUUUACAAAGCUGCUUCAGAUUGCUGGGAUCAGUCCACAUGGUAACGCGCUCGGAGCGUCAAUGCAGCAACAGAUUAACCAGCAGAUGCCUCAAGAGAAACGAGGAGGCGAAGUGCUGGAUUCAACCAACGAUGAAAUUAAAUUGGAGAAAAGCAACAUAUUGCUUCUUGGCCCAACAGGAUCAGGUAAAACUCUCUUGGCUCAAACCCUUGCCAGAUGUCUUGACGUUCCCUUUGCUAUCUGUGACUGCACCACCUUGACCCAGGCAGGAUAUGUUGGUGAAGAUAUUGAGUCUGUCAUUGCAAAACUGCUUCAGGACGCUAACUACGGGGUUGAAAAAGCACAGCAAGGAAUUGUCUUCUUGGAUGAAGUAGAUAAGAUUGGCAGUGUGCCUGGCAUUCACCAGUUACGAGAUGUGGGUGGGGAAGGAGUUCAGCAAGGUUUAUUAAAGCUUUUGGAAGGUACAAUUGUGAAUGUUCCAGAAAAGAAUUCUAGAAAAUUAAGAGGAGAAACCGUUCAAGUUGACACUACCAACAUCCUAUUUGUGGCUUCUGGGGCAUUUAAUGGACUUGAUAGGAUAAUAAGCAGAAGGAAAAAUGAAAAGUAUCUGGGAUUUGGUACUCCGUCAAACCUAGGAGUAGGCAGGAGGGCUGCAGCAGCUGCUGACUUAGCAAACACAAGUGGAGAAGGGGACACUGUGCAGGAAAUCGAAGAAAAAGAUCACUUGCUCCGCAAUGUCGAGGCCAGGGACCUUAUUGAAUUUGGAAUGAUUCCAGAGUUUGUGGGACGUCUCCCAGUGGUGGUUCCUUUGCACAGCCUGGAUGAGGAAACUCUGGUUCGGAUUCUUACUGAGCCUCGCAAUGCUGUAGUUCCCCAGUACCAGGCAUUGUUAGGCAUGGACAAGUGUGAUCUCAAUAUUACUGAAGGUGCCUUGAAAGCCAUUGCCAGAAUGGCCUUGGAGAGGAAAACUGGUGCUCGUGGCCUAAGAUCAAUCAUGGAGAAACUGCUGCUGGAGCCCAUGUUUGAAGUGCCAAAUUCUGACAUCAUGGCCGUAGAACUAACCAAGGAAGUAGUGGAGGGAAAAUCGCUUCCCAUAUACAUUAGGGCCCCUGCUAAGGAAUCAACAGAAGAGGAGUAUGAUUCAGGAGUUGAAGAUGACAGCUGGCCACGACAGGCAGAUGCAGCCAACAACUAAAACCUAGAUUAUAUUUCAAGAACUUCCUACAGGACUUUUUUAAAAAAUAUAAGCAAUGGAUUUUCUAGAAGACGUUAAAAGGCAUUGAUCGAAACUUAAAAUACAUGAUCAGGAAACAGUGCUGGAAUAGAAAUGUAAAGCAGAUCACUUGUUUUGUUGUGUUGUAUAGUACUGAUUUUUACAUUGGACAUUAUGCAUCAAUUGAAGUGUAAAACAUGGAUCUCACCAAGUACAUGUACAGUGUUGGAGCUGUUGCUUUAGAAUAUUGCAACGAUUUUGUUAAGCAUAGAGGUGCAUUAACAAGCACAGACAAUUUGUAAUAAUGUCUUUACCUGUGAAAUGACUGAGACAUUUGGCAUUUGUAAUCUGAGGAUAUCAAUACAGACCCUGUUUUAUUCUUGACACACAUUUAAAUAGCUAGUUUUUGUCUUGAUUUCAUAAGUAUAUUGGUUGAUAUGGUAUGGGAAUGAAGUGAGUUUAGGGGAUCGCGUAAUUUUAAAACUGUUUAAAUGGGGGUGGUAUUUAAAUCAUUCAUGUUUCCAAGUUUAGUAUACAUUAGGUUUGCAUUUGGUGUACAUUUUUCAUAGAAACAAUGUAAUGCCAUAAACAAAUUGAAUAAACUACUAUUUUUUAUAAACAUUUUUAGCAUGUUAAGGGGUAGUUCUUUUUUAAGGCUGGUUAUCGUUAGAAAGAUGCAAUAUAAAGAACAAAGAAAUAUACUCCAGUUCAAAUGUAGUUGUUUUUUAAUCGUUUGGAUUAAUGAUUUUACCACCUCCUGCUAAAAGGGAUUGCCUUCAUCAAACAGUUAAGUGAUUUCUAUCUUUGCAUGUAUACAAGUAUGACUGCAAAAAUAUGUAUACAAUAAAAUCCAUCCAGAGGGAUGAAAGAUUCAGAUCUGUUUUAGAUUAUUGUUGUUGUACACUAGGACUGUAUGUGGUUCGGCUUUCCUUCCACUGUGGUGCUUUUACACAAUGCUGUAGGAUCUCUAAGCUUCAUCUGAGUGGAUUUUCUUCAUAUGAAAGCCAUAAUGUCGGUCUACCAAUAGAAAUUGUAUUUCUGUUUGUUGGUGCUGUAUUAUGUGAGAAUAAUGAUGUAGGAGGGGUUUUUUUUGUUUGUUUUUUUUAAAUCUUAAUUUCAAUUUAAACCUUGCUUUAAACCAUUUUUAUGCUUUUGAUUAGGUCAAAAAGUACAGUUUUAUGCCUACUUAACAUUUGUGAAAUACAAAGGGGACUGUCUAUGCUUGUUCAAAGAUAUAAAUAAAAUGUAUAUAUCUAUAUAAA